AUGUCCCCUAUCCGCGUUGCCCUGAUCGGCCUCUCUGGUGCCACAGACUACGAAGGCACAGCUUGGGCAGCAAGUGCUCAUCUCCCAUUUCUGCAGCAAUCAGAGCAUUUCACUAUCGCGGCGUUGCUCAACUCAUCCGUCCAGUCAGCUCAGGCUGCUAUUGGAAAGUACAAUCUCCCAAAGGAUACCAAGGCGUAUGGCAAUCCACAAGACCUCGCCAAUGACCCCGAUAUCGACUUGGUUGUCUGCGUUGUCCGAGUCGACCGACAUUUCCAGACAGUGCGUCCCAGUCUGGAGGCCGGCAAAACGGUCUUUGUCGAGUGGCCCCUCGACCGCAAUCUAGACGUCGCAAAGGAAAUGGCUGCUUUGGCAGCUGCACACGACGCAAAAACUAUUGUCGGACUCCAGGCUUCAUACUCACCGGUUGUCCGCAAGCUGCGUCAGUUGGUGCACGAAGGAGCCAUUGGCCGGAUUCUGUCUAGCACCCUUCUAGUCUCGUGUGGGAACGAGGUGGCCGCCGAGAGUAAGAAUGUGCGAUACUUCCUCGAUAGAACGGUGGGAGGAAACCUCAUGAGUAUCCAUGUUGGACACUCCCUAGAAUCUGCGAUCUCCGUCCUAGGGGAGUUCAAAACCUUCACCAGCAGCUGUGCCAUUAGCCGUCCGCAGCUGGACAUUGUCAAUUACGCGGACGGGGGCAAGGUGCUCGAGAAAGCAGUGCGCAACACAGUUCCAGAUCAGAUUCUCAUUCAUGGCACGGCAGAGUCAGAUGCGUUCGUCACCAUAAACCUGUACGCAGGGAAGGAAAUGCCAGGCCUGCCGCGACUGGACUGGCGCAUUCAAGGGGAGAAAGGCUGGCUGCGAGUAACUUCACCUAUGGGGUUCCUCAAUGUCGGCACGCCAGAGACCAAGCUGGAGCUUUAUCGUACUGACACCGCGCAAGUCGAAGAGGUCAAAGUGGACGAAGACGAGUGGGAUUCUUUGCCGAUCCCUGCUCAAAAUAUUGCUCGACUGUAUGAGGCAUAUCGUAAAGAGGAGUGGUACCCUACAUUUGACUGGGCUUUGAGGAGACAUGAGUUGAUUGAUGGGAUGUGGAAGCGAUUUGACCAAGGGAUUCAGCUGUCCUAA